GGAUGGGGGGUGUUGUGGGGGGUGGGUUGGGGGGAUGCUGGUGUACUGGUGUACUGGUAUGCUGGUACACUGCUGUAGUGGUACACUGCCACACUGCUACACCACCACACAAUCUCCCGCACCGCCCCGUACUGUCCUGCACUGUUCCGCACUCCCAGCCACGCCCUUCCACACCUCCUCUUGCAGUAACCAGCCACCACCCAACCCCCAGCCCGCGCCUAGCAUAUCUCGACGGCGUAGAACAGCGACCAGCACAGCACUGCCAAAUGAAUCCCCGCAGUCUGCACAGGUAGUCCGCAACCUCGGACAGCACGCUUGCUGUGUGCCGGCACCACUUGCGUGGGAGUAUUUCCUGUCACUACAACUCGCCGGUCUGGUGCUGGAGUGUGUCUACGCCAUCUCGUAUUGUGCUGUCUACAUUGUCUCGACACUGUUCUUGCACUAUCCCACACCACCUCAUCCCGGUCCGACAUUUUCUGCGAACCAGCCUGGCGCGCCAUCAGCUUAGCCGGCGUCCGGGUGCAUCUCACGCCUGUGACAUAAAGCACGCAGUCCCGCGCGCGAGGGGGACGCGUGGUAGCCCCGGUCUCCUGGUGUUGUACCUAGGUAGCAUACGGUUAUCUCAAUGCACACGCAGCAGCUGCGGCGAACUGUAAAGUCCUGGUGCAUACUUGCUUAGUCCCUCGGUACGUGUCUAGGUACGUUGGUCAUGCACUCUGCACCACGCACUGCGCUGCAAGCAUGCCCGAGCACGAGCACCCGGGCAUAUGCGCCGAGGGCCUGGAUACUUGGUUGCUGGCUGCUGACGGCCAACGACCGACCGCUCGCAACUGACUACCUACACACUACUUCCUACUGCCUGGGUAUGGGUAUCACGCCGGAUGUCGGGCUGGAUGUUGGGCUGGACAUGGGGCUGGACAUGGGGCUGGAAAUGGGGCCUGG